GUUCCGUCGCGAGCCCAUGCACGGCAGCCGGCGUACGUCAUCGCUAGUCAUCUCUUGGCUGUCGUGCGAGCGGGUCCCUUACGCACCGGGCUGGUCUCACGCGUUGAAUCGACGAGAGUUUUGUUUGCGAUAAUCCUUUGAGGUUAUCCCCGCUUAAGAAAAAAAAAAAAAAAUCGUCGCCAAAAGAAGUCGAUGGUCAAAAGUUCCUGACGAGGCUCCUGACGGUGAACGAGCGCCUCCGCCACGCCCCUCCGCCUCCCGCCCCCCCUCCCUGCCCCCCCUCCUCUCCCGCGCCCCCUCCGAGUGCCAGCCGCCCCGCCGCUCCUGGGGGAGGUCCGAGGGCCUGCGGAAGUGCCUGGAGUGCCAGAGUCUCCGGGGCGCGGUGGACGGUGGUCAGGUUGCAGGCGCGUGUCAGCAGGGCCCUUGCAACAGGCCCCUGAGCACGUGGGCGUUGCGUUGGCAGGGGAGUCGGUUGCCGGCGGCGAGGAAACAAGAUGGCCUCUGUUCCUGAAAUGCUUAUGGAGCAAAUCCAGCCUCCCCUGACCACCUCAGGAGGCAAAGUGUCUGUGGUGGGUGUUGGCCAGGUGGGAAUGGCCUGCGCCUUCUCACUCCUGACGCAGCACAUCUGCUCUGAGCUGGCCCUGGUUGAUGUUGCUGCUGACAAGCUGCGUGGAGAGAUGAUGGAUCUCCAGCAUGGACUUACAUUCCUGAGGAACGUGAAGAUUGAUGCAAACACCGAUUAUGCUGUGACAGCUGGCUCUCGUGUGUGCAUUGUUACUGCUGGUGCUCGUCAGAGGGAGGGAGAGUCUCGUUUGUCCCUUGUACAGCGCAACGUGGACAUCUUCAAGGGCAUGAUUCCCCAGCUGGUAAAGCAUUCCCCUAACUGCAUCCUCCUCAUUGUCUCAAACCCCGUGGAUAUCCUGACCUACGUUGCAUGGAAACUGUCUGGCCUCCCCAAGCACCAUGUGAUCGGCUCAGGCACCAACCUGGACUCUGCCAGAUUCCGCUUCCACCUGUCCCAGAAACUGAGUGUCGCUCCCUCAUCCACCCACGGAUGGAUCAUUGGCGAGCAUGGUGACUCCUCUGUACCUGUCUGGUCUGGUGUUAAUGUUGCUGGUGUGCGUCUGCGUGACUUGAACCCAAAAGUGGGAACUCCAGAAGAUCCUGAAAAGUAUGAUGAACUCCACAAAGAUGUUGUGAACAGUGCUUAUGAGGUGAUCAAGAUGAAGGGAUACACUUCAUGGGCCAUUGGAACUUCAUGUGCUGUUCUAACCAGGGCCAUUCUCACGAACCAACGUACUGUUUACGCCGUGUCUACAAGUGUACAGAAUUACCAUGGUAUCGACAAGGAUGUGUUCCUGAGCUUGCCUGUGGUCUUGGGUGAGAACGGUGUCACUCAUGUCAUCAAGCAGACCCUAACAGAAGCUGAAAUUGCUCAGCUGCAAAAGUCUGCUAACACACUCUGGGACGUUCAGGCCGGAAUUCAGUUCUAAGGCGCGUGAUGCAACAAUGUGAAGCUCUAGAAAACAACCUGACCUUGAACGUUCAGCAAUGGUUCACGCUGGUGGCACUGCUUGAAGGAUCAAAUUUCGAGGAGUGUAAAUAUACUGCCAAACGAGAAGGAAGAGAGAGUUUACAUGCUGCUAAUGUGCAAUAUUUAUUUUGAGGAUAGAAUGGUUCUUGAUUGUACUAAGGAUGAAGUAUUAAUAUGCAGUUCCAAUACAGUGUAUUUUGCAUUCUGCUGCAUGUGCUUUUUAUGUAUUCAGGAGAUCAUAUAGAGUAAUAACUGAUUAUGGCUUAUUGGUAUAAGAGUGUGAGUGCCUAAAGGCCAGAUAUAUGUGAUGAAUUAGAAUGAUAUUCCUCAUCUCGAAUUUAAUUGUAAGUCCUUCUCUAAGAAAAUCAUUGCAUUUGAUUUUGAUAAGAAACUGCGUAUUUUAACAACACUUUAUAAAACCUUUCUCAAAAUAAAUACAAGUAUAGGUUUUGUAAUAGGGAUCAGCAUUACAAUUCGUAAGAUCUUGACACUGAACACAUUAUAUUAUUUAUUUGUCUGAUUAGAUAUAGAAAAUAUGUAAUUCCUAAACCAGUAUUCUUAUCAGAUAUAUCUAAUAUAUUUUGAUGUAUCAAUUCUCAUCCUGUUUCCUAUGAAAUGAGUAUAUAACAAUAAAAUUAUUAGCCAAAAGGCAUCUUUUUUAAAGUAGACUAAUCAUACAUUAACUAAAAGUUAGGUUAGCAAAGUAUAGGGAUUUUGUUCGGUUCAUUGCUCUCUUCUGUAGAUAUAAAAAGGGUAUACUUGAAUGAUUACUUUCGUUUUACUUUAAUUGUGACUUCUGGUGUAUUCUGACAAGCAUAAUGCAGUUUGUAUAUGUGAUAGAAAUAUUCAAGUACUGAAAGGGAAAGUAAGUAAUUUCUGUUCCUUACCCGAAUCAAAAAAGGAAAUUAAUAGAUUUUAUUAUCUGUUGUAGCAUAUUUGGGUGUAUGAAUUAUUUGAGAAUGUUUUAUUAGCAUUAAACUCUGAGCACAUAUUGGAUAGUAUAUGAAAUUUAUUCUAUUAUAUUCUUUAUGUCUACAUCAAUAUGCUUUUCACUACAGUGUGAUAAUACACUAUGAAUGGU